GUGGUGACAAAUGAAAAAACAAAAAAAGCAAAAGCGCGCGAUUUCCCGCCAGUUUUGUUGCUAUGCGCUUCAGUUUCACUUUCGAGUAUUGAAAAAUUGUGAGUUUCAAUUGUAAGGCAGUGUUUCUCUGUUCGAUAUUGUUUAGAUUGGAUCAGAACGAGCUUGUACCAUUCAAAAUACGCAAACAUGUCCGAUUUCAAGUCCCAAUCAAGCCGCGACGGUUACAAGGAUGAAUACAUGAAGUAUUACAAGGAGUUGGUGGCGACUAAUCCCAUACCCUCCAAUUCCUCUACGACACAAUGGUCGAGAUUUUCUAAGAGGCCAAUAAGGCGAGAUAUACCUUUCCUGCCAUCGUCGUUCAUCAACGAAAAUGAAAAAUCUUCAAGAUUUUCCAAAAGGUCAGUGGGGAGGGCGGAAAUGAACAUAAAUGCGGGCCCCAAUCAAAGAGUACCAGUUGCAAUAGUCCUCAGACCAGUGCCCAAACCUCAAGGUGGCAAUAUUCCGGAAACUGUUCCGGUCGGAAAGCUGGCCAAUAAUUGGAGAGAUGCCGUGAGGUUAUGGGAAAAAGCAAAUGUAUCUACCCGUGUGCCACAAGCUCCAACCGAUAACGGCACUUCACGAAACACCCCAAGGGUUCCCAGAAUUGUGCGAAAAACGAUGGACCAAUCAGCGCUAUCUCCCCCUUCUGCCCUCCCUAUGACUAUUAGAUAUGUCACGAAGAAAAUGCCGGCUCCAGAAGAGCCCACUCCGAACUUGCCGGUGGAGGAGGCCCCAAAAUCGGUCUUAGGACGUCAGCUAUUGCCGAGGCCGAUAUUAGGACGUAACUUAUCUACUCCCAAGCCGAUCUUGAGAAAUAAAAGAUUGGAAGUUAUUAGGGAGGAGCCCGAGGACCAUUCGGAAACUGAGGUUGUGGAUUUGGGCAGGCCCUCCCAGCCGAGGAUGUGGAUUAACCAUAACGCGAGGGAACACAAAGGCUAUUUGGUAUAGUUUAUUUUAAACCAUAGACUCUAAAAAUUCAUUAGUUGGUAAAAUACGUAACAUUUAACGACCAAAGAUGAAUGUUUAGAAUUAGGUGCUAUGGAAAGUUUGUCAAAAAAUUUAAAAUUUUAAUUUGGUUACCAAAUAGUUUUUAAGUUCUAGAAGCUGUGUACGUAUUACGUUUAAAAUUAUCGUAGGGUUAGGGAAAGAUCAAAGUUUUAACUGGUUUAUUUCCUUAAAAGGCUUAACGUUGAGGUUUAUUGUUUAUAAUUUUAUGAUGUUCAAUUAAUGUUAUUAAAUAUUUUAUUGUACGUAGAUUCUGGAAAUUCAGAAGAUUGUAGAAUAAUUAACAUUUAAAUUACCAAAUAUUAAAGUUUUUCAGAAUUAGGUCUAAAGAAAAGUUUGUUUCUCAUUUUUAAUUUGGUUACCAAAUAGUUUGUAAAUUAUAGAAAAUGUGUCUAUAUUAGACAAGAUUAAAGCUAUAACUUGAUUGUUUCCUUUAAUGAUUUAAUGUUGAGAAUUAUUGUUAAUAAUUUAAUGAUUAAUGUAGAACGUUUAAUAAUACUUAAAUGCCAAACCCAAAUGAAGUAAUUUUGAAUU